AUGUGUGAAGCAGCAAUAAAUACGCCUGCCGAUGAAGCGAACGCACCAACAAUUGGAGACUUCUUGAUCCUCAAUACGAUUGGUGUUGGUUCAACCGCUAAAGUUAAACUCGGAAAGAAUAAGAUCACUGGCGAAAAAGUGGCCAUCAAAAUUAUGAAGAAGAAACUCUUUGUACAAAAACCAGAUCUUCAAGUGAAGCUUCAGCGUGAAAUAGUUCUCAUGAGAAUCCUCAGACAUCCAAACUUGCUCAGAUUCAUCGAUUUUCUUGAAUCCGAGAAGAAUGUAUACAUCAUCACUGAGCUCGGAUCACGUGGUGAACUCUUCGACUUCCUUCUCGAGAAAGGCCCGCCAGGAGCAGCCCUUUCUUUGAACAUUUUCAGACAAUUAAUCUACGGCCUUGACUUUUUGCAUGUUCACGACAUUUGCCAUCGUGAUAUCAAGCCAGAGAACAUUCUUCUUGAUGAAAACAACAACGUUAAGAUCGCUGAUUUCGGUUUUGCAAGAUUCUUGAAAUCAUCAGCAGCUGAAACAUCAUGCGGAUCACCACACUAUGCUGCUCCAGAAGUCAUUAAGGCUGAACCUUACGAUGGCAAGGCAGCCGAUGUUUGGAGCUUGGGCGUUGUAUUUUAUACACUUUUAACAGGUCGUAGACCAUUCGAAGAUGCAUCAUUGAAGAACUUGCUCACCAAGAUCAAGACCGCUGACUACAAGAUGCCUGAUUUCCCACCAGCCAUCCAAGAUCUCAUCAGAAAGAUGCUUACAGUCGAUCCAACCCAAAGAAUUACCAUUGCCGAGAUCAAGCAACACCCAUGCUUCAGACUUUUGUUACCACAAACAUACACAGUUCCAAUUCCUCUUCCUUCGUCAAUUAUUGACGAACCGAUUGAUAUCGCAAAGGUCGACCAAACACUUAUCGACCUUCUGAUUCAAGUCGGCUUCGCUCUUGACGAGGUUAAAGAGCAACUCGCCGCUUCUGAACAUACAGUUGGCAAAUCUUUCCUUGUUCUCGUUUCUCAUUUCAUCAGCUUCGAUAUGCUUCCAUGGGGUGAUAAACCAGGCAUUUCUGUCGCUCCUUUGACAAAUCUCCUUACAAGUGCUAAAGGACUCAAUUUCGAGAAGGCAAGUAAGCUUCCAAACCUUGCAGAACAUAAAAUCGAAAUCACUACGACAACAGCGUUCCCAAUUCCUAAAGUUAACAACGCAAUACAGACAAAUCUUACAAAUGCGGGAUUCAAAUGGUUCUUCCCCAACGAAAUGUUGUUCUACGGAAGAAACCAUGAGAAGAAUCUCGAUAUUACAAUCAAGACGAGAUUUACAGGAGAAAAUCAGUUCCAAACAACAGUAAUCCUCGUUUCAGGCGACAAGGCUCAGUUCGAGGAGUUGUCUCAGUCAAUUGAGAAAGACAUGAAGGCUGCUUUAUAA